AUGGAGGUGUGCGAAAGCGGUGGGGAGCAGCCGCCGCCGCUGCUGCACUGGGACCGCAAGCUGAGCGAGCUGUGCGAGCCCGCCGACCCCGAUACCCUGCUGUGCCACACGCACUUCACAGAGUUCCUGGAUGAGUUUUCACCUGAUGUCCUAGGACAGCUCUUGAACGAUCCCUUCUUGUCUGAGAAGAAUGAGAUAAUGGAGGUGGAACUGUCUCCAGCAUCCCCAGCACCUCUCAUCCAGGCAGAACACAGCUACUCCCUCUGUGGGGACUCUCGACCCCAGUCUCCCCUGACUCACAUCUCAACUGAGGACAACUUUAAUGAAGGUGACCUGGAAAAUGAGGAAUGGUGUCUGGGUACAGAGCUGACUCCAGCAGCAAUAAAGACUGAGCCAGCGUUGUGUGAGACAUCAGGCCUGGCCCCCUCAGUCAGUCUCACUGUCACAGCCAUGUCACUGGAUGAGGAACAACCUGAGCUACAGCCAGAUGCCCUGAUGAAGCCACUGAACCAGAAAAUUCUUCCAGAGAUUAAAUUGGAGCCCCAUGAAGUGGACCAGUUCCUGAAUCUCUCUUCUAAGGAAGCAGUGGAUCCUCUGCAUUUGCCUCCAACCCCUCCCAGCAGCCAUGGCAGUGACUCUGAAGGAGGGCAGAGCCCGGUUAGAUCGCUCCCUCCUUCAAGCCCAAUCCAGCUACAAGCCACAGCUAAAGUGACAUCUCGCACAGCUUCAGCGCUCUCCAAUUCCCCUCUUCUGACUGCACCACAUAAAUUGCAGGGGACUGGCCCACUCAUCCUGACAGAAGAGGAGAAGAGGACGCUGAUAGCAGAGGGGUACCCAAUCCCUACCAAACUGCCCCUGACAAAAGCAGAGGAGAAGGUGCUGAAGAAAAUCCGCAGGAAAAUCAAGAACAAGAUCUCUGCCCAGGAAAGUAGAAGAAAAAAGAAAGAAUACAUGGACAGUCUGGAAAAAAAGGUUGAGACUUGUUCAAAUGAAAAUAGUGAGCUACGUAAGAAGGUUGAAGUCCUGGAGAAUACUAACAGAACACUUCUGCAGCAGUUGCAGAGACUCCAAGCCAUGGUUGCUGGAAGAGUGUCCCGUUCAUGUAAGGCAGCUAGCACCCAGACAGGGACCUGUCUUAUGAUGGUGGUGCUGUGCUUUGCAGUAGUUUUUGGCAGCUUCUCUCAAACCUAUGGGCCAUAUCCUUCAGCUACAAAGAUGGUGUUGCCCAGGCAGCAUUCCUCACCAGAGUCCUACACAGACUCCAUUGUGAGGUCAAGGAGUCUGCUAAUUUAUGAAGAGCCUCACCAACUAGAGGAGUCGUCGAGCCCGAUCUCCUUUGCAGAUCGCAAUGACAGGCAAGCAGACACCUCAAAGUACACAGCACUGUCCCUGGAAGCCGUGCCUGGGACACAGCAGGAUGAUAUCAUGCAGUUCACAAUAGCCAAUGAGACAAUGCUAGAGAAAUCGGUGUUGCUGGGCCUGCAGCAGCACAGAGUCAACUCCGAACUAGAAGGAAAUGAAACACUGAAGAUAAUUGAAAUAGAUAGAAGAGUCAAUGCCACCUCUUAAAAAUAAAAAAAAAGCCUUUUUUCUUGACUACCCUCUUUCCCACAUAUUUUCAACCAAAGUCCCCUUGACUUGUCAUCCCCAGUGAACCAAAGCACAAAAGAGAGGGAGUACAACU